AUGUAUCGGUUUAGCAAGAAAAGCGACAACAGCAUGGACAGCUCGACAGUGCUGCAGGACAGCAAGGGUGGGUUCGCCAAGGGAUCGAUUGCGGAUUUCUACGAUAAGUUGGAGAAGGACGAGAGUGGCCGCGCGUUUGGCAUCGAGGAAGCGACCCACGGAGGGCUGACGCGAAUUGAGAACGGAAUGACCGGUAAGGCAGAUCACCGUGGAUCGCCUAUUUCGUGUUACUCACCACAGAACAGGCUGUUGGCGUGGCCUCCGCAGCACGUGAGUGAAAGUACGAGUUCGUCCGCACGUAAGGCACAAAACCUCGGGUUGAUUUGCGUCGUUUGUGGUGAUACGAGUUCGGGCAAACACUAUGGUAUCCUCGCGUGCAACGGAUGUUCCGGGUUCUUUAAGCGAAGUGUCAGGAGAAAGCUGAUUUACCGAUGCCAAGCCGGAACGGGUAGCUGCACGGUGGACAAAGCGCACCGCAACCAGUGCCAGGCGUGUCGACUGAAAAAAUGCCUUACGAUGGGGAUGAACAAGGACGCUGUGCAAAACGAGCGUCAACCACGUAAUACGGCAACAAUCCGACCGGAAGCGCUACGGGAUAUGGAGCAGGGCAGGGCCCUUCGGGAGGCGGCCGUCGCCGUUGGCGUGUUUGGGCCACCGGUUUCCCUGGCGCUACUAUCACCAUCCCGGUACGGUCCCAGCAUCCUGCCGACGCCUGCCCUUCCGACCAGCCAGUUCCUGCACCACCACAGCCAGGUGUCCUCGCUGGUGAACAGCCUGCCACACCAUCACCCGCACCACCCACACCAUGCAGCGAUGCACGGCCUCGCAAACGGGCUGUCGAUGAAUCUAAAUGGCGUCGGGCUGCAAGGACACAACGGGACACCCGGGACUGUGGGUCAAUCGGCCGGAAAUGGCACCGAACGGGACCGGGAAGGGUCCGGAUCGCUGGCACUGAGCGCCACCGGUGCUGGCGAUAGCAACAACAACAAAAACGCUACGUCCGGUUCGACGGAAAACCUGAACACAACGUCCUCGUCGAACCACUCGAUGGCCGGUGAUCGGUCACCGAGUGGGGCAGGAUCGCCUGCCCACGGUGCGGGAUUGAUGAACGGGUUGGGACCCGGGUGCACGACGGGUGGGGGCUCGAGCGUGGGUGCUGAAAAGCACCCUCAGCAUAGUUCGUCCUCGUGCGGGUCGGCCAGCCCCAUCCUGGAGCAGGACACCAUGAACGACAACGACGAUGAUUCCAUCGACGUGACCAACGACGAGGACACGGAUCUCGCGCAGAACAACAACACCAUCCCUAGUCUGAUGAACCACCCGUUUUACGGGCAGGGUCCGAUGUUCAACUUCCAAGAGACCAUCUACGAAACGAGCGCCCGGCUGCUGUUUAUGGCCGUGAAAUGGGCGAAGAACCUGCCCAGCUUCGCUAGCCUUACGUUCCGGGAUCAGGUGAUCCUUUUGGAAGAAUCCUGGGCCGAGUUGUUCCUGCUGAACGCCAUCCAGUGGUGUAUGCCGAUUGACACGACCGCCUGCACGCUGUUCUCGCUGAACGAGCAUUGCAACAGUGCAAAUAACUCGGGUUUCUUCAAACCAGGACAGCUAGCGCAGGAGUUACGCAUCCUAAAUGACACAUUGUGCCGCUUCAAAUCGGUCAUGGUGGAUCCGGCCGAGUUCGCCUGUAUGAAAGCGAUCGUGCUUUUCCGAUCGGAGGCACGUGGGCUCAAGGAUCCGGUCCAGAUCGAGAACUUGCAGGACCAAGCGCAGGUGAUGUUGGCGCAACAUUCGCGGACACAGUUCCCGGGCCAGAUUGCUCGGUUCGGCCGGUUGCUGCUGAUGCUGCCGCUGCUGCGGGCCGUCAAUUCGCACAAGAUCGAAUCGAUCUACUUCCAGAAGACGAUCGGCAACACGCCGAUGGAGAAGGUGCUUUGUGAUAUGUACAAAAACUAG